AUGGCCGAGCGACGAACGGUUAAAAUAGUUAUGGUAGGUGAUGGUGCAGUUGGUAAAACUGCAUUAUGUUCGACAUUUGUCAACAAUCAAUUUCCACAAGACUAUAUCCCGACGGUGUUUGACAAUUUUUCGCGCUUAGAAACCGUCGAUGGUGAGCAAGUAACCAUGUCGAUAUGGGACACAGCUGGACAAGAAGAAUAUGACCGACUCCGCCCAAUGAGUUACCCCGACACUAACAUCCUUAUCAUUUGCUUUGCUAUUGACUCCCGAAGUUCUUUCUCGAAUAUUCCACAACGUUGGAUCCCCGAAUUGAAACAUCACUGCCCCGAUGCACCAUACAUCUUGGCUGCUACAAAAGUCGAUUUAAGAGGAUCAAAAGAAGUCGAAGCAAAGAUGCGAGCAGAAGGAAAGACUUUGAUCGCGGAAGACGAAAUUAAGUCGUUCUGUAAAAAGAUUAAAGCGGUGGGGUAUUGCGAAUGCUCGGCACUGAACAACACGAACGUCGCGGAACUCUUUUAUGAGGCAGUCAGAAAGACUAAAAAAGGAAAAAAAGAAAAAAAGAGUAAGAAGGGACUCUUCGGUCUUUUCCACAAAAAAUGA